AUGCAGUUAGAACCUCCACUCGUUCUCGUUGCUCACUCAUACGGGGCGAUCAUUGCCCGCGAGUAUCUCCACCUCUAUGACAGUGACGUUGCAGGAAUGAUCCUUGCUGAUGGCUCCACCGAGCGCCAAUGUGACUAUUUUCGUCUCCCGGAUCCUGAUAUCAAUGCCGUAUUGGGCGAUCUCAGGGUGGCGCAGGUAACAGGGCUUCGGCAAGAAGCGAGACUAUCGCGAGAUGAGUGGAGGGAACGAGCGAUUGAUAUUUCGCGCGGGGCUGCCGCUGCUGCCCAGACAGAAGCUAAUUCGCAUGCACUGAAUAUAGUUUGCCGCACGCUUGGGGACAAAGGACAGUUUCAGAACCGGGCGAUGCGGGAUCGGCCUGUGAGUGUGAUUCGCUGUGGUAUACGGGACUUUGAGCGCAUCUACGAGGCGGGAAUUGAGGCGGGCAAUGGGACGACAGAGCAGAGACAGGCGUUUCGAAGGCUGUUGGAUCGUUUGCCGUUGAUUGACCAGGAUGCUAAAGAAGAGCAGCUUCAGCUCUCAUCGAAUACGCAUCUUGUUUACCUGCCGGAGUGUGGCCACAACGUUCAUUUGACACGCCCGGACGUGGUGGCGGAAGAAAUCCGGUGGGUGCUGGGGCGUGUUGACCAGUGGCAGGCUCUGGGGCGGGACGAGCUGAAGCUUUGA